CGCCAAACGAGGAGACAUGGACAACAAGGAUGAAGUCCACGAUGCAUUUGAUCCAAACAUACCAGAGGAGGGACCUUCAGCGCCCCCUCCUGGCUGGCUGGAUGACAUACAUGGAUAUCUGGGUCACAGAGGAGGAGAGGGUGAUAACCCGUUGUACCCACCGCCGCCUGCCUACAACCCCCAACCUGAACUCAACAGAAACACUCUGGUGCCCAACAUCAAUGUUCCCACAAUAUCGGAGGACGUAGCCAGAGACGCCCUGCUCAAGUUUGUGGAAUCAAAAUGGAGGUACAGCUCCAAACCUGCCAGGAACCUCACCUUCAGGGAGCUGAAGCCCAUCACCGUGUUCAGGUAUCGACUGGAGACCUACACCGAGACCAGAACCAGCGGCUGGCAGUUUGAACCCUUCAGAGGGCAGAUGGUCGAUGGUCCUCAGUACGGUGCGAGUCCUCCGCCGUGGGACGUUCCCGUGUCUUUGCCUCAGAGGUACACCGACCGCGUGGAUAAAGUCGUCGUCCCGCACUCGUCCUUCGUGAAGGUGUGUCACAAGUGUAACGGCUGUGGAAGAACUCGCUGUGUGGGCUGUCACGGUCGAGGAAUGAAACGUUGCACGUUCUGUCACGGUCACGGACACCGCAGGAACUCGCGCUGCACCUCCUGUCAUGGCCGUGGUCGUAAGAAGUGUAUCUCCUGUCACGGCCACGGCUACAAGACCUGCACUGUUUGUCACGGCAGCCAGAACCUUCUGCACUUCAUCCAGCUCACUGUGACAUGGAAGAACAACGUAGAGGUUUUCAUUCCGGACCGUCAGCCUGAAUUUCCUGAUCAGAAGUUUGAGACGGUGACGGGAAAUCCUCUGUUUGUCGACGAGAGUGUUCUGGUGUAUCCUCUGCAGGGUUUCCCCGAUCAGGAAAUCUGCAGCGUCUCUUCAAAACUGAUUAACGAACACUUCAGUCGCUUCAGCUCCACCAGCCGCAUCCUGCACCAGCGUCAGACCAUCGAGGUGGUGCCGCUGACUCACGCCUAUUACAUGUACGGUGGGAAAAACUACAGCUUCUUCGUUUAUGGGACGGAGAACAAAAUCUUUACCAACAAAUAUCCCUCUGCGUGUUCUAUUUUAUAAGGAACGUGAAGACGUGUUCAUGUGUGGUUUGAAUCAUGGAGGUGGGAUUUGUGGAAAAAUGUAAUCGUCCAUUUAACGUACCCACAAAACGAUUGUAGCAGCGUAAAGUGGGUUUAUAAUGUUAACGUCAAAUAUCAACAUUUACACUAUUAAUCCAUCAUGAUCCGCCAGGCUGAAAAUAUUUGGUGCUAACUGUUCAAACAGUAAGUGCUAAAAGUUUUACAUCUCAUCGAACAUGUAUUUCUAAAUGACAACAGAUGAUCUUUGUUGUUGUCGUGUCCAGAGUCGACAUUUCUGUGGGAAGAAGCCAUAAAUGUAAUAUUUACAGUUUGUACUACGACUAACUUUAAAUACUCAACUUGUACUUUUAACCUUUCAUGGAUUGAACCACUGCUCGCUGCUCACUACCCUCAAGUUUCCCUUUAACGUCUCAUCUACGAGACGCCUUUUUAAAUCGUGAAUGUUUGUUUAGGGCUGACGAUAAAACUACUUGGUUAUGUUUCGGAAAGACUGUUUUGGGUUAAAACAAAUAUUUUACAAGUUUAGUAACUUGCAAAUUAUUAUUACUGCGACGAGUUCCGAAGUCAUGUACGUAACGUUACGUAACUUAAAAUAAGUCAGCGUUGACUUUUGGUUUCACACGGGACACAAGCUGUGGUCUCAUGAUGAAAAUUCUGGGUUUGUUCGUCUCGUCCGACCUUUUUUACGUCACGUGAAACUACUGUGUGCUGACUUCACAUUCUUCUGCCUUUUUAAAGCAAGGUCGUCAAAUACCGACUGUCACGUGGCGACUUUAACGUGUCCGCGAGGCGCCUUUGUAAAAGUAACGCUGUGAAACGGUCACAACAAAUCUGUGUGGUUAGGUUGAGUAAAUUUGAUGCUUUGGGUUAAAAUAAGUAUUUUAACGAGUUAUGUGACUUUGCAAGUUUCCAUCACAACGUCACGUACGUAAUGUUACGUAACUUUAAACAACCCGACGUGGACGGGUUAGAUGAAGUCCCGUGACAGAACAAGGAUAUUUGACGUCCUGUGAUCGUGAACAGACUUUAUAAACAUCAAGAAAACAUUUCUUAUUUUGUAUUUAGUUUAAUUUCUUCAGACUACAGACAGUGAACACAUGAACAUCAGUGUAACUAGUCUUGUAAAUAUAUAUAAACCUGUUUGUAACACUUCGUCCGAUGAAUCUCCUUUGGAUCUGUAUUCACUGGAUCAUUAUUACCUGAAUAUCACACUAAAAAAUACAAUCAUGAAUGUUUAUUAUCUCCAACGGAUGUUGGCUGAAACUUGAUCAGCUCAGGUCAUAUUUCUGUCUAUGAAGUGCCUUUCUCAGUCGUGUCCGUAAACCGAUAUGUGCCAUCAAUCAGAAUCUCGUGACUCUUAUUUUGAAGGUUUACGAAUUGUUGAGCGUAUGUUCUGCUUACAGGAAAAAAAACAGCAUCGUGGUGCGUUCAAUGACCAAACAAAGCCUUAACAAAACUUUACUGUCCGUUUAUGAUGAAUAACUUUUAGCUGAGGUUUUUUCUCUUCGUAUGUUCGAGUGAAAUAUUUUUUUUUAUUUCUUCCAGCUCAGGUUUCAAAUCAAACAACUUUUCAGUUUUCAGUCGUCUGACAUGUUUUUUUAAAGAAUUUUACAACUUUGAUUUUCUUUUUUUUUAAAUAUUUUAUUUAUUCAUCUACAGGACAUCAAGGUAAAUAACACCUUCUUCCCAAAGCUACAGACAAAUAAAUAAUCAAACACAUUCAGAAUCCUUAACGACUCAAAUCAAAUUGUUUCCAUAUAUCAGGUAUUUGAGAGCUCUGUGAGAGCUUGGAGAUGUAUCUUUGUUCCAGACUGUAAGAAUCAUUUUCUCACCAACCCAUGCUGGGCUGACCAAUAAAGUAUCUAUCAGGAGUCUCAAGCUGGUGAGGUAAAAGAUUUUUUAAUAAGAGAUGCAGGUGAAAAUAACAUUUUAUGUAUUUUAUACAACAUAAUAAAAACUUGUCAAAUGUAUUCAGUGAAUAAAUCAUAAUAAAGUUUCAUGUUAUCAUCCGACAGUGUCUGAGUCCUUCUGUGUGAAGAGCAGCAAUUAUGUAAUAUAUAUAAUUUAUACUAGUUUACCUUCUGUCACUGAAACCUGAGUUAUUUUCUGAAAUUUAAAUAUGUAAAUGAGUCGUGUAACUUAAAGUCACAGUCGCAGAGGUUUGUCUGUAGCUGAUUGGUGCCUCAGGUCUGUGUUGGCGCAGUCAUCCCUCCAGGUGGCGCUCUGGUUUAUGAAUCGGUGGCUGGCUGUCGGUGUGUUUGCUGUCAUCGUGUGCUGUGGGAAAUAAAGCAACUGAGACGGACGCUCGUCUUCUUUUGGUUUGUGGAAGUUUGUCAUGCAGAAAAAAUCCCGG